GAUAAGAAGUUAUCCAAUUAAUGUAAAUAGUGGCAAUGACGCAGUGGCUUCCUUCACAUAUUAAAACGUCUAAAGAUGGCGGAUCCUUCUAAGAGACAAGCUAAGAAGAAGGCGGAAUUGAAUCGAAUUUUACACAAAGAACAAGAAAAAGCUAAGAUUAAACAGAUUAGAAAAAUUCUCAAAAAAAAAUUAUGGGAAAGAUCACCUGAAGAAAUAAAUGAACUUCAGCAAUGCUCUCAAAUUGUUGACGAAAUUCAGUCAAGAAUGAAAAAAAGAUUAUGUAUGGUUGAAAGAUUAAAAGAAAUAGAAGAUAAGCCUGACACAUUAUCUAAAAAAUGUUGGCAGUUAGCUCAAGCAAUCAAAGAAGCCCAGUCAUUAAUAAUUUAUACAGGAGCAGGAAUAAGCACUGCUGCCGAAAUUCCUGAUUACCGUGGUCCAGCUGGUGUAUGGACAUUACUCCAGCAAGGAAAGUCAAUAAGGGUCCAAGAUCUGAGUAGUGCAGAUCCUACAUAUACGCACAUGGCAAUUACCACACUUUAUCAGGAAGGCUUAUUGAAGCACGUUGUGUCUCAAAAUUGCGAUGGAUUACAUCUUCGGAGUGGUCUACCAUGCAAUGUUCUUUCUGAAGUCCAUGGAAAUAUGUAUAUAGAGGUAUGUACAAAGUGUAAACCUUUGCGCCAAUAUGUUCGGUUAUUUGAUGUUACUGAGCAUACGGGUUUACAUCGGCAUAAAACAUCACGGAGGUGUCACAGAUGCAUGGAGCCACUUCAGGAUACCAUUGUCCACUUUGGCGAGCGGGGUAGACUACGUUGGCCACUAAAUUGGGAAGGAGCCGUCAAAGCCGUAAACAAAUGUGAUGCUAUACUCUGUCUAGGAACUAGUUUAAAGGUAUUAAGACGUUAUCCCUGCCUUUGGGCUAAAGACAGACCACCUAGUCUUCGACCAAAAUUAUUCAUUGUGAAUUUACAAUGGACUCCAAAAGACGAUCAAGCAGUUUUGAAAAUUAAUGGAAAAUGUGAUGAUGUAAUGAAAAUGAUUAUGGGUUAUUUAGGAUUAACCGUUCCACAGUAUGACAAAUACUGUGAUCCCAUAUUUAGCAUUGCCACGGAUUUAUUACCGGGAGAAGAAAAUAUUACUUCAAGAAAACCACUCGUACGAACAGAUCCAAAUAAAAAAAUUCUUCGUUCAGAUCUAUUCAACAAGAUGGACAUAGAGUCAAAACAAACAAUUGAAAUAUUAUGCUUAGACCAUUGCUAUGCAAGAGACAGUAUGUACUACAUAACAAAGAAAAAUUUAUUAGACUCAGAUCAAACUCUCGCGCCAAGUAACCUCGACAACGAUCCAAAGUUACUGAAAUCCAAUUAUUACAAGGAGUUAUGUGAUAAUUUAAAAACGGAUAAAUGCGUGGAUUAUCAAGAUUCAGAACUGAAAGCAGAAGAGAAAGAAGAUCUCUCGACGACCAAGGUUGGAACAAGCGGAUGGUACGGUAAGGGUCAGAGAAAGUGGCGGAGAUCAAAAAAGAAGAGAUUAUGAUAAAGUGAUGUAUUUAUAGCUUAUUUAAAUUACAACAAGAGUACAAACAUAAAAAGCUCAUCGAUUUUUGUGGUUGUUACACCACCCUAAUAUAUUUUUAUUAUGCUUGGGUGUAUGUGGUUAAGUAAAUGUAUAUAUGACAUAUACAUUUUGUUGAAACUCAUUGAUGAUAACAGGAGGAAAAAAAUCACGUUGUUUUUUAUUUAUUUUAAACAGAUAUUUUCAAACAUUCCAAUUACUUUUUUAUAAUUUUCUUUCCUCCCUUAUAAUUUUUUUAAUAUUUUUAAACUUAUGAAAUAAUGAUGUAACAAGUGAAACUAGAAUGUUUAAACUUUGUCAAUUCAAGAAAAAGAAAUUUAGUAAGUAUAUGUGAUAGAUAAAAAUUAAUGUAAUUUAAUAGGAAUUUAGAAAAUCAUUUCCAUCUCUUUUUUUACACUAGUUUUUGUAUUUUUUAUUUCCGUAAAUCAUUCCAAACUUUGCCAAGCAUGUAAGGUAAACCAGCACAAACUACUGAUGCAAGGUGAAAAUGGGGUUUCUUUUGUAUAUAAAGAAAAAACUUUUUGGCCUUCUGGCAUAGUCUUAUAUAAACUUUUGUAAAAUCUUUAAAUAUUUAAAAAGUUGUCCGUAGAAUAUUAAAAGUGUUUUUUUGAAAAUUAACGUACAGGCACGAGUCAGUUGCAACUUUUUUGUAACAUAAAAAUAGUGAUUUUUGUUAGAAAAUCGAAAUAUUGGACGAUUUUUACGAAGUGAUAUAUGUUGUUAGUAAUUUGCUCAAUUAGUCAAUACUUUUUUUUCCUCGUAUCACUUCUUUAAACGGGUCAUGUUGAAUUUAUAUGUUGUUGCACAUGGACCAUAAAUGUGAAAAUUUUGAAUAAAAAUUUAAUGUCUUAAAACCAGCCAGUUUAAUUUAGUAUUUUCUGAAUUUUACACACAAUUUUUAUUUGAAUUGGAUGGAG